AUGCAGCAGCAAUUCUUCAUCGGUCAAGGUGUUGAUGGUCACCGUCGAGAAAUAGAUGUCUCCACGUUUGAAACGCUGCAGCAACUCGGUUCGAAUCUUGGACGGCUGUUUUCCUUUGCAGACACGAAUUCUCUUCGAUUCCAUAGCAGCCACGAUGGUGGCGAGCUCUCGUCCCUCGAGGAUGUCAAAUCCUGCACCAAACCAGUAGAGAUUCGAGCUCUCAAUCACGCUUCCGUCCGGCCACCGCCAGGGCCAAAAGGACUCCCACUCGUUGGCAAUCAUUACGAGAUAUACCCUGAUCCUCUGGGCAACUACGACCGGCUAUUCUCAAGAUACGGCCCGGUCAUCAAGACAACGAAUAUGGGCACCACGAUCUAUCACACCAACGACCCGGAAAUCGCCCGCCACGUCCUCCGCGAGGGUGAAUUCUUCACCAAAGUAACCUCCGACCCCUCGCAUCCCCUCUUUUACAUGCAGCUCCAGUCGUCCCUGUUCACCUGCGACAGCGACUCUCCCGCCUUCCCCGUCGCGCACAAAUUCAUCCCGCCGGCCCUCUCCCCGCGAGCCGUGGCCCAUCACCUGCCUCUAGUCCAAGAGUCCGCACGGUCGAUCUUCCCGGUGCUGGACCAGCUGGCAGAACGCGGCUUGGCCUUCAACGUCUAUCACUACAUGUUCAAGAUGGCGGGCCAGGUCAUCUGGCGGGUCGUGGUCGGACAGGACUUGGAGCACUUCAAGGCCCCCAACAACCCUCCCGCGCUGACCAUUCGGCUCUUUGGAGAGUUCCUGUCUCUCAUGAAAAAGACGAGCUUGCGACCGAAGUGGUACGGUAGCCUUCCUUUCGGUGACCCGGCCCGCCUAAAGGUCGUGCAGCAAAUGCUAUGGGAUAACGUGGAGAAGGCGAUCGACGAGUGCACGAUGGCGGACGGCGGCACGCUUCCCUUGUCAGACCCGGCAUCCUCUCUGCGCGCCUCGUGCGUGGCGGACUUUCUGAGCCGGGCACGCGACGACAAGGAAGAAGGUCUGCCGCGUGACAUCCUAAUCCCCAACGUUGUGGUCCUCUUGGGUGCCGGGUUCACAACCAGCGCCUCGCUGCUAUCCUGGGCGCUGUAUUCGCUCGUCAAAUACCCCGGGAACCAAGAGCGACUGUUGCAGGAGCUCGUCGACCACGGCGAAGACGGGAAGCGCCCCUGGACGUACGACGAGGUUCACGCGAUGAGGUUCCUCGACUGCUUUGUGAAGGAGACGCAGAGGAUGCACAGCCCGAGCUUUCAGACAGCGCGGAACGCGAGGCAAGAUGUCGUCCUACCUGGCGGCUACCUCAUUCCCAAGGGCUCCGUGGUGAUCCCGUGCUUUCCGAGUCUGCAUAAGAACCCCGCUCACUGGGAUAACCCGACGAUCUUCAACGCGGACAGGUGGAUGGAGGGAGGCGUUGCGGGCAAUCUGGGGAAGAAGGGGGUGUACACUCCCUUUGCCGCGGGGCGAAGAGGAUGCGUGGGUCUGAACUUGGCGCUGCUGGAAGUGAAGAUGGUGUUGAUCCAGCUUCUUUACAACUACCGCUGGGAGGACUCCUCUCCGGAGGCUGUGGUGUAUGAUCCGGAGUUCUUGGUUACCAGACCGGUAAACUUCUACGCGAGCGCGACUAGGCGUACCGAGUGGCCAUCGCCAUCUAAGAGGGCCGACUAA